AAAAAAAAAAAAACUCGCCUGAGACUUCAGCGAGGAAAGAGGGGGCCCAGAGUUGCCUUAUUAAAUUCUAGAAAAUAAAGCAAAACAGACCUGCAUCGACAAUUACUCAGAGGGAAAUAGGAUUUUUUAACCUUUUGAGAAAACAUGUCAACUUCUGAAGAGACAGACGGCUUCCGACCUAGAUAUGGGUCUGUUCUGGAUGGUGUGGAGCGGCUCACAGCUGAGGAGAUGGAUGAGCGCCGACAGCAGAACAUGGCCUAUGAAUACUUGUGCCAUCUGGAGGAAGCGAAACGAUGGAUUGAGGCGUGUUUAAACGAGGAUCUUCCGCCCACCACUGAGCUGGAGGAGGGCCUGAGGAACGGCGUAUACCUUGCCAAGUUGGGAAACUUCUUUGCUCCCAGUGUGGUCUUUCUCAAAAGGAUCUAUGACCGCGAGCAAACACGUUACAAGGCCACUGGACUCCAUUUCAGACACACAGACAAUAUCAUCCAAUGGCUGAAUGCAAUGACAGAUAAGGGCCUUCCUAAGAUUUUCUAUCCUGAGACAACAGACAUCUAUGACAGGAAGAACAUGCCACGCUGCAUCUAUUGCAUACAUGCUCUAAGUCUCUACCUGUUUAAACUUGGCCUUGCGCCCCAGAUAACAGACCUGUAUGGCAAGGUCGCCUUCACAGAGGAGGAGAUUAACAACAUGAAGAUUGAAUUAGAGAAGUACAACAUUCAAAUGCCAGCAUUCAGCAAAAUUGGUGGGAUUUUAGCCAAUGAGUUGUCAGUGGAUGAGGCAGCCCUGCAUGCUGCUGUGAUCGCCAUCAAUGAGGCCAUUGACCACGGAGUCCCUGAGGGCACUUUAGCUGCCAUGAGAAACCCAAACGCCAUGUUACUGCACCUGGAUGAGAGCGCCACCCAGCAUUACCAGGACACCCUGUUCCAGGCCAAGACUGAAAAAGUGGCCAACUCCCGAAAGAGAACUGGAGAAAACUCUGAGGCUGAAAGGGAUGUUUACGAUGAGCUGCUCACCCACGCCGAAAUUCAGGGCAACAUCAGCAAAGUCAACUUGUCCAAAGCUCUGAAUUCAGCAGAACAGGCUCUGUUGAGUGGUGAUGAGGACAAGUUGUAUUACGCUCUCCGUUCCCCAGCUUUAGGCCUACAGUCACUACAGGGUCAGAACAAGGAAUGGUACCUUAAACAGCUGUUAGCAGACCGUGAGCUGAAGGAACAGUAUUCUCCAGGAGAGCCACUGGCCAAGGAAGAGUUACAGGGUGGAGUGGAAGCAGCCAAUGAGCUUGCAGCAGACUAUCAAAAAUUGCUGCGGGCGGUGGAGAGGGUUAAUGCUGCCAUCAGAAAGGGUGUUGCAGAGGAAACGGUGAAUGAACUGAUGAACCCAGAUGCUCAGUUGCCACAGGUUUACCCAAGCGCAGCCGAUCUGUACCAAAGAGAACUCGCUAGCCUGCAACAGCAGAGCCCAGAGGGCUCUUUGUCACACCCGGAGCUGCUAGUUGCUGUGGAGAUGCUGUCAUCGGUGGUGCUGAUAAAUGAGGCGCUGAAUGUAGGGGACCGGCAGGCAGUUUGGAAACAGCUCAGCAGUUCCGUCACUGGCCUCAGCAAUGUAGAGGACGAGUAUGCCCAGAGGUAUAUAGAUGAGCUGAUACAUCUGAAAGUAGCUGCAAGGGAGGAGGGUAGCGAUUAUCUCACCUGGAAUGACAUCCAGGCCUGUGUGGACCAGGUCAACGGUACAGUUCAAGAGGAACAUGAAAGGAUUGCUGCAAUUGGUGUGAUCAACGAGGCCCUGGAUGAGGGAGAUCUACAGAAGACAAUGGCUGCUUUGCAGCACCCAGCCGCCAAGCUAACAGAUAUAGAUCCAUCUUUGGCCCAGCAUUAUUAUGAUAUUCUGCAGGAGGCAAGGAGAGAGAAGGCCCACGAGUGUGGAGAUCCUUCUGCAGUACUUUGGCUAGAUGAGAUCCAGGAUGCCAUCUUGAGAGCCAAUAAGGACUCAGAGGAAGCUUUGCAAUUCUCUCAGGCGAUCCAGUCCAUUAAUGAGGCUGUGGAUAACAGGGACUCUUCACAGACGCUGGCAGCUCUGCGCUCACCUGCUGCUGGUCUGUAUGGAGUCACUCCAGAAUGUGCUCAGACAUAUCAGGAUGACCUGUACAAAAUCAAGGAGGACAAGAAAAAUGAAGGGGAAAAUGGCAGUGAAUGGAUGAAGCACUGGGUUAAGGGAGGACACAAUUACUACUAUAACCUAAAGACUGGACAAGGCACCUGGGAUGAGCCUGCAGACUUUGUUCCAAACAACACUCAACUCAACAAGGAGGAAAUACAGUCUGUUGUGUCAGGAGUAACAACGGCAUAUAACCGAGAGCAGUUGUGGUUGGCCAACGAGAGUCUGAUCGCCAAACUGCAGGCACGUUGCCGUGGUUUUCUGGUGCGGCGGGGAGUGAAAGAACGUAUUGGGUUCUUGGAGUCUCAGGAGCCAUCUGUUACAUGCAUACAGGCUCACUGGAGAGCCUUUAAGGAGAGAAAGAAGUACAAAGACAGAAAGCAGUACCUGAAGGAUCACUCUGAUGAUGCUGUCAAGAUUCAGUCAAUGGUCAGGAUGCACCAAGCUCGCAAAAAAUACAGAGAUCGUUUGAAAUACUUCCAAGACCAUAUAAAUGAUGUGGUGAAAAUUCAGGCAUUCAUUCGUGCCAACAAAGCAAGAGAUGACUACAAAACACUCAUCAACGCAGAUGACCCUCCAAUGGCAGUUGUUCGUAAGUUUGUCCACCUGCUGGAUCAUAGCGACCAGGACUUCCAGGAGGAGCUUGAGCUGAUGCGGCUGAGGGAGGAGGUGAUCACCAAUAUCCGCUCCAACCAACAGCUGGAGAACGAUCUUAAUCUGAUGGACAUCAAGAUUGGCCUACUAGUAAAGAACAAGAUCACCCUUCAGGAGGUGGUUUCUCACAGCAAAAAGCUCACUAAGAAGAACAAGGGCGAACUGUCCAACCUCAUGAUGAUGAACAAGCAGAAAGGAGGAUUGAAGGCUCUAAGUAAAGAGAAGAGAGAGAAGCUGGAGGCAUAUCAGUUCCUCUUCUACCUUUUACAGACCAAUCCCACCUAUCUGGCCAAGCUGAUCUUUCAGAUGCCACAGAACAAGUCAACCAAGUUCAUGGACUCUGUGAUUUUCACAUUGUACAAUUAUGCUUCCAAUCAGCGUGAAGAGUAUCUCUUGCUCAAUCUCUUCAAAACAGCCCUGCAAGAAGAAAUCAAAUCAAAAGUGGAUCACAUCCAGGAGAUUGUAACAGGAAAUCCGACAGUCAUAAAGAUGGUGGUGAGCUUUAACAGGGGAGCCCGUGGUCAGAAUGCCCUCAGGCAGAUCCUGGCUCCUGUCGUGAAGGAAAUCAUGGAUGACAAGACACUCAACAUCAAAACUGACCCAGUCGACAUAUACAAGAGCUGGGUGAACCAGAUGGAGAGUCAAACAGGGGAGGCUAGCAAACUGCCAUAUGAUGUAACGCCAGAGCAAGCAAUGAGUCAUGAGGAAGUUCGAUCCCGCCUGGAGGCCUCCAUCAAGAAUAUGAGGACGGUCACAGACAAAUUCCUUUCGGCCAUAAUUGUGUCUGUGGAUAAAAUCCCAAAUGGCAUGCGCUUCAUUGCCAAGACAUUGAAGGACACGCUUCACGAAAGGUUCCCUGAUGCCACAGAGGAUGAGCUUUUGAAGAUCGUAGGCAACCUGCUGUAUUACCGCUACAUGAAUCCUGCUAUUGUUGCUCCCGAUGCCUUUGAUAUCAUCGACCUAUCAGCUGGAGGCCAGCUGACCACAGAGCAGAGAAGAAACCUGGGAUCCAUCGCCAAAAUGCUGCAGCAUGCUGCCUCCAACAAGAUGUUCCUUGGAGAUAAUGCUCAUCUGAACCCGAUAAAUGAAUACCUCUCCAACUCAUACCAGAAAUUUAGACGGUUCUUUUUGGCCGCUUGUGACGUCCCCUCUUUGGAAGACAAGUUCAAUGUGGAUCAGUACUCUGACCUGGUCACAUUGACCAAACCUGUCAUCUACAUUUCCAUUGGGGAGAUCAUUAACACUCACACGCUUCUACUGGAUCACCAGGAUGCUAUUGCACCAGAUCACAAUGAUCCCAUCCAUGAGUUGCUAGAUGACCUGGGAGAGGUGCCUACCAUAGAGUCUUUGAUAGGUGAGAGCCCACUUCCUCCUGAUGAUCCUAAUAAAGAAAUGAUGGGUAAGACAGAAGUCUCCCUCACCCUCACCAACAAGUUCGAUGUUCCUGAUGAGGCCAAUGUGGAAAUGGAUGCCAAGACUCUCCUCCUCAACACCAAGAGGCUUAUAGUCGAUGUGAUCAGGUUCCAGCCAGGAGAGACACUUACUGAGAUCCUUGAGACUGUUGCUACACCAGAGCAGGAAGCUGAGUACCAGCGUGCUAUGCAGCGACGAGCCAUUCGUGAUGCAAAGACCCCGGAGAAGAUGAAGCAGGCCAAGCCAGUUGUGGAUGACAGUCUUACCUUGCAAGGCAAAAAGGACAAGAUCAAGAGCAACCUGCAAAGACUAGGAGAGCUGGGCAAAGUUCACCCUGAGAAGAAAUACCAGGAUCUUAUCAACGACAUUGCCAAGGAUAUCCGAAACCAGAGGCGAUAUCGUCAGAGACGGAAGGCAGAACUGGUAAAGCUUCAGCAGACCAAUGCUGGCCUGAACUCUAAGACCAAUUUCUACAAUGUGCAGAUCGACUACUACAAUCAAUACAUCAAGACUUGCAUGGACAAUUUAGCCAGCAAGGGCAAAGUGUCUAAGAAACCUGGAGACAAUAAGGCUAAGAAGAGUAAGCAGGUAUCUCAGAAGUAUACGGCGGCCCGUCUGCAUGAAAAGGGAGUGCUCAUUGAUAUUGAGGAUUUACAGAAAAAUCAGUAUAAGAAUGUCAUUUUCGAGAUCUCACCAUCUGAGGUUGUAGGAGUGUUUGAUGUGAAAGCUAAGUUUAUGGGAGUCCAUUUGGAGACAUUAAUGCUAGAAUACCAGGACCUGCUCCAGUUGCAGUAUGAGGGGGUGGCAGUGAUGAAGCUUUUUGAUCGAGCUACUGUAAAUGUGAACCUUCUCAUUUUCCUGCUCAACAAGAAGUUUUAUGGCAAAUAGAGACUCAGAGAGGGACUUCUCAGACUGUUGCACACCAAACGAAGCCCAAACCACAUGCACCUUCACAGUUUAUAUUGGUCUUUUCUGCAAUACUGAAGAAUUCUGACUAUGCCUGCGUACCUUUUUGUGCCUUUCUCGAAGAAUAGAUUCCUUGAAUGUACAUUACUAAAUGCUUUGUUGAUCACCAUAAUCUUGUGGAUAUGCAAUGGUUGACAGUUGUCCAUUUUAAUUGAGUUUGUCAGUGUCCAAAAGAUUAUCAAUAGUAGUUUGCUUUGAUAUUUGGCAAACUGUGCUUGCAUGAGCUUUGAGUACUGUAUAUGUUAUAUGUACAAUUAACUUUUUUAUUACUUAAUCUAAUCAUUGGAAGAAAAGAAAUAGUUUCUUAGUAUCCCUAUCCUAUAGGAAAGCAAAUGAGUGUUAUAGCCACAUUCCUUCAAAUGUUAUCAAAAGAUAUUUAUCAGAGUUAAAAUAUGUUAUUAUUUGUAACCCAACAAUGAGUAGGUGCGCUUCAUUGGCUGGUCAAAAAUUAUUAUAAUUGAAAAGAUUUAUAUAUUUGUUUCUGAGCAUUCAGACGCUGUACGCUGGAUGAGUUUUAAGUUUACGUCCCACUUAUUUUCAUAGCCUUUUGUCCAUUGUUUUGUCAAUUUUUCUUUGUUAUACGGUGCCUUAACUUGAAUAAAAUUUUGGGGGAAAAGUAGUUGAGAAGCCUUAUCAUGGCUCAUAAAUUCCUUCUGUUGUUUGACAGCCAGAUGCACAUAGUGCUAAUAAUGUCAUAAUCUAUCUCACCGGUUAUUACAGAAUGUCUCUGAAACAAGUUGAAUAAUACUGUAGUUGCAUAUUUUGACUGAUUGGUGAUGAUGUUGGCUUAUACACCUCACUAUGCUCAGGAAAUCCAGUGGUUAACUUUAAAAGCAACAACAAUAAAAAUUAACAGUUUAAAAGUGCAGUUGAACAGAUGUGUAGACUGACAGAUCUAGAAAAAUAAAAGUUUAUAUAUAUAUAUAUAUAUAUAUAUAUAUAUAUAUAUAUAUAUAUAUAUAUAUAUAACAAGCUGGAAUUUAAUGUAAUCUGUUAUGUAGUUUUUGAAACAAAAGGAUUCAGCUUUUAAAGCAAAACUUGUGUAAUUUCUGGUGUUUUGUUCUGAUAAUUGGCUGGGUUGUUUUCAGCUAUUUUUCCCUUCAAACAAAGUGCCACACUGUUUUCUAUUUAAAUGUUUUAUAAAGCUGUAUUAUGUAUAUUUACACAUGCAUCCGAUAUACUAAUAUGCCAGAUUUUUUGAAAUAUGAACUAAGUGGAUUAAAUGUCUUGAUGUAUCACAAAACUGUCAUUUUGCAAAUGUUCUCAACAACACUUUAAAGUAAAAAUAGUUCAUGAAAAUGCUGAUCAGAAUGACUAAGGAUGAUGAAUUUUACUGUCCAGUGUUUGUUAUGGCAAAAAGUAAUUUCAAUGAAACCUGAAAUUCUUUGACCUCAGUGUAUGUUUUUUAAGACACGACAUGCAUGCUCAUUCUGUUUCUUUCAUGAAUUGCAGAUGGGUAUUGAAGUCAGUUGUUAGCUGUUGUACCUCUAAAACUGUUAAUAAAUACAAAUAAAUAAGCACCACAGUGGUGGAGAGAAUGAUGCGCAAA